AUGCAUUCCGAGGAAGAAAAAGCAAGUAGUACCUCCUAUAAGGGCUACAGUGAUCCCGAGCUAACCUUUUCUAGGGAGAAUAUAGGUUCAGAAGACGUGUUGUCGCACAUAAAAUCAAUCGAUGGUGGUAUUGUAGAUGUGACGGGUGAUGUGGAUGAGGCAAUGGAAUAUGCCAUUGCUGCAGAAAGUGAAGACAUUGAACUGUCACCAGAAGAAGCAAGAAAACUGUUAUGGAAAAUCGAUCUAUUUGUGUUACCUUUGAUCUGUUUGGUUUAUGCCAUCCAGUAUAUGGAUAAAAUUUCUACUUCUAACGCUGCUAUUAUGGGCAUCCGUGAAUACUACCACAUGCAUGGUAAUCAAUAUUCCUGGCUUGGUUCCGCAUUCUACUUGGGUUACUUAAUAUUUGAAUUUCCAAUGAACCUGGCUUUACAAAGAUUUCCUGUUUCCAAGUUUGUUUCUACUGCCAUCAUCUUAUGGGGGAUGGUCAUCUGCCUACACUCAGUUCCGAAAAGAUAUGCCGGUAUUGUUACCUUAAGAACUGUUUUAGGUGUAUUGGAAUCAGCCGUUACACCAGCAAUGGUUCUUAUUACUGGUCAAUGGUACAAGGCAGAGGAACAGUUUUUUAGAACUGCGCUUUGGUUUUCCUUCAAUGGUUUGGGUGUUAUACUUGCAAAUAGUAUUGCAUAUGGUAUGGCGAUUAGGCCAGACGCGUACACUAUGGCUCCAUGGAAGGUAAUGUUCAUUGUUAUAGGAUGCAUGACCAUUGCUGUGGGUUUUGCAUUUCUUCUCCAUAUUCCAGACUUGCCCGUCAAAGCAUGGUUUUUAAAUGAAAAAGAACGAAAACAAGUCGUUCUAAGAAUUAAAAGUAACCAACAGGGUUUUGGUAAUAAACAUUUCAAGUUCCACCAAUUUAAAGAAGCAAUACUAGACAUUAACACUUGGUUUUUUUUCUUUUUCUCUAUUGCCUAUCAAAUCCCGAACGGUUCCUUAACAAAUUUUGUUGGUAUUAUUUUUACGGAAACCUUUCGUUACACCGAAACAAAAUCUUUGCUUAUGAACAUGAUUGCUGGUGCAAUUGGAUUUGUAGGUGUGAUCGGGUUUGCAUAUACCCACCAUUGGAUUCCUCACAAAUUAGGCAUUGCAACAGUCGUUGUUCUUAUAAGUUUUGCGUUCUCCUGCGUUCUUGCAUUUGCCACAGAAUCUCCCAAAGCCAGGCUUGCCGGUUAUUUCAUUUAUAACAUCUGUCCGAUUGGAAUGAUCUGUUGUUUAGCAUGCUUCAGUGCAAAUGUUGCUGGUCACACAAAAAAAAUUACAGUCAAUGCCAUUUAUUUGGUUGGUUAUUCAACGGGUAAUUUGAUUGGUCCCCAGACGUUUAUUGACAGCCAAGCACCUGCAUAUAAGGGUGGGCAGAUUGCUAUUGUCGUAACUAUGGCUGUUUCUGCUAUUUUGAUUUCGUGUAUCUACUUCAAUUACUGGUCUGAGAAUAGGAGGAGAGACAAAUUAAUGGCAGAAGGUAAAUUGGAAAUUCCACAUAUUGAUAACGUGGAGUUUGCAGAUUUAACCGAUAAAGAGAAUGUUUUAUUCAGAUACACUCUUUGA